CGCAUUCUCUCUGAUUGAAAAGUGUAAUACGGAAGUGAUGGAAACCAGAAGUCUAGGACAAUAGAUAACCUGCCUAGGACGAAGGAGAAAGAAAAUGAUUAUAUUCUGUAUGUGUGUGUAGGAAGUUUGUUUGUGGUAUACACUGAUUGCAAUAAGUAUUUAAUAAAUACUUGUUUGUUGAUUGUACAAAUAUGACUACUGACGAAAGAACUAUAUUCGUAAAACUGGAAGCACUGAAGGAAAUUAGGGCUAAAACACUUCAGCUGGAGAAAAUGAAACUUAGAAUAAUACAUGAAGUUGAAGCUACAGAACAGGAAGACAAAUGUUUAUCAGAGUAUAAACAAGAGAUGGAUUUGUUAAUGCAAGAGAAGAUGGCCCAUGUGGAAGAAUUAAGACAAAUUCAUGCAGAUAUAAAUUCGAUGGAGAUUGUAAUAAAGCAGGCGGAAGAAUCUCGUAACAGAGCGCUUGAUACAGCCAAACGUAUACACGAAGAGUAUCGACCGCUCAAAUUAGACAUUGAUCGUAUGAGGCGCGAGUAUUUAGGUCUGGAAAGACUUCCAGAACUUCAUGAAGAAGAGGGAGACUUAAUUACACCAGAUUACUUUGAGAAGCAUUUCAAAUCUGAUUGGCGUCCAGAAAUGAGGGAAGAACCGACCCUCUCCACUCUGGCUUUAGCGCAUCAAGGAGCGGCUUCAGCGUUUCUUGCCCCUACUCAGCCUCCGAUGCAGUUGGUGCAGAGUUCAAAUAAACCCGAGCAACGUCCUCUGCCACCUGCACCAGGUCCUGCGCCUACUUUCAGGCAGCAACCACCACCCAUGAAAUCAUGCCUUAGUUGUCAUCAGCAGAUUCACCGCAAUGCGCCAAUCUGUCCGUUGUGUAAGGCCAAAUCACGUAGCCGGAACCCCAAGAAACCAAAGAAGAAAGACUGAAAUAUUGUGAGCGUAAAUAUUAAAAAAGCUAACACUGGCUUUCCUAUUUGUAAACCCAUUGGAGACUAUUAAGUUGUCUGCUGUUGGGCCUUAAAUUGCAGGGUCAACGUAAGGGAACACUACUUCUGGUUCUGGUGUAGCUCUACAGAUGACGUGGCUACCCACAAGCAGAGCUCGUUGUUUGACUCCAGUGGGUUAAUUUUGUGUGUUUUACUCGACAGAGCUUUCUAGCUCAUAUUUGUGGACGUGGUUGAAAAGAUAAUUUCUGCGUUCACCGAUUAAUUACUAUGUGUGUUCUUAUUAAUUGUAUCUUAGAAAAUCCUCUGGAUGAAUAGAAAUAGUCUCUUUAGGUCAGUGGUUCCCAACCUUUUUGUGCCUAUGGGCACAUUUGAGAGUUUAUGAGAUCGUGGUGGGCACCAACCAAUUAACAAAGCCAAAUUUUCUUAUCUCUGGACAAAUAAGAUAUGGACACCAA